ACCAAUUGUCCUGUCAUUUCUUGUCCUCAUCUACAUCUCCGAAAAGCUGCACUGCAACAAAUGUAAAUCAAAAUCGAAAGUGUGAACACACUCCAGCAAAUGGGAAUCGGAACUGUCAUAUUCUUGACAUCGGGAGCGUGUAUCGCAAGUUCAUUGUUUGAAACACAGUGACUAUCAUUACAUGUAUUUAUUAAAUAAGGAGAGAACAUUGUUUUCCUUCAGAUUUACCGGUGGUAUUGAAUAUUCCAGUGGCAACUGACGGUGUUCGCCUGACUAUUCGUUUAUAGAUAUUAAUUUUAUUACACAUUUAAAUGCUCACGGUAAAGUGUUUUUCUUUGUGUCAGUGGCAGCAAUUCUUUACCGCCAACUUUCCAGGAUGACAUUCACCAAGAAGAUGGCUCCCGACCGAGAAGACAUCCCCAUGCAGGAUAACAUGAACCGCCCUUUUGCUGAUCCGGUUCACAUGGCAUCAACGUCUUCAAGUAGUCCAUUUUCAUCCCUGGCCGAGAGCAGCCUGGUGUCAUUGGAAGAUCAUGUGCCGGACUUUGUCAAUGUAGAUGAAAGGUACAGAUGUGCGAUCUGUCACAAUGUCUUAAAGGAUCCAGUUCAAACCAAAUGUGGACACAGAUUGUGUGAAGGAUGUGUUGAAGCACUUUUCCAGCAGGGCGAGCCAGUAACUUGUCCACAAGCUGAUGAAUACUGUGAAAAGCUCAUGAGAAGUGAUAUCUACCCUGAUGUAAGUGCCAGAAGAGAAAUCAGAAACUUGCCUGUCUACUGUCCAUUCAAGAGCUACGGAUGUGGAAGAAAUGUGCCACUGAAAGAUGUUAAUAAACAUGCCACUGACUGCACCUUCAAGCCUGUUGAAUGCCCCAACAGGCACAAUGGAUGUAAGGAAAUUCUCCCCCAGAAAUCCCUAGAUGCCCAUGUGAAGCAGUGUCAAUAUCGCCAAGUUCAGUGUGACCAGUGCAGACAGCCCAUCCCCAUCGCCAUGGCACAGAAACACAAGGAGUCAGACUGCCCUGAAGCAAAUGUUGCAUGCCCUUACAAGUGUGGUGCGCCUCAGAUGAAGAGAAAGGAGCUGGAGCGCCAUUUCAAUGUUUGUAAGAAGAAACCACAGGAAUGCAAAUUCAAGUCUGUCGGAUGUACAUAUACCGGCAGCGCGCAAGACAUUGCUGAACAUGAGAAGCGUGAUAUCUCCCAGCAUCUGGAGCUUGUGACAAUGUAUACUGGAAACAUGGACUUGCAGAGCAUGCAGAUCAGAGCUGAACUCGGUAAUAUCACAACAGAAAGAGAUCACCUAAAAGUUCAACUUGAAAAGACGCUGUCUGAAAAUGCAUCACUCAAGGAAAGUGUUGGAAAGUUGGAGACUACGUUCCGUGAUAUGAGGUUGAAAAUGGUGUCCCAGACUGAAAGGGUGAUUAAGCUUGAGAGGAGGGUGGAGGAACUACCGCGCAAGGAACACCUGGAACAGCAGAGUCGGGAGUUGACAACACUACGUGAACAGUCACAGAGUCUGACUGAUCAGAUCGCAGGGAUGGAGGGCGGACAGACAGUGGCUCGCUAUGGAAGUCUGAGCACUAUGGCAGAUGCCUUCACCACCCAGCUUGCUGCGCAUGACAGACAAAUUGGUAUCCAUGAUGUGCGAAUUGCUGAAAUGGAUCUGAGAUUUCAAAUUUUGGAAACUGCCAGCUAUGAUGGCGUUCUGCUGUGGAAGAUCCGAGACUACACACGUCGCAAGCAGGAAGCUGUAAGCGGGAGAACCUUGUCUCUCUACAGCCAGCCUUUCUACACAAGCAAGUAUGGAUACAAGAUGUGCGCUCGGGUCUACCUGAAUGGUGACGGCAUGGGCAAGACAACCCACGUGUCGUUGUUCUUUGUCAUCAUGCGUGGAGAGUAUGACUCUCUCCUGCCCUGGCCGUUCCAGCAGAAGGUCACCCUCUACCUGCUGGACCAAGGAGUAGAGCGGCGUCAUCUGAGUGAUCAUUUCCACCCAGAUCCCAGCAGCAGCAGCUUCAGGAAGCCGCAGACCGAGAUGAACAUCGCUUCUGGAUGUCCUCUGUUUGUCAGCCACUCUGUCCUGGAGAACCCGACAAACAACUACUUGAAAGAUGACACAAUCUUCAUCAAGAUUGCUGUCGAAACAGCUAAUCUCAGAAUAGUCUAAAC